AAAUUUAUCACAACAAAACGCAUGUUGUGCGAGUUAUUUCACAAUUUUGUUUAUCUUUAUAUUCUUAAUUGAACUUUUAAAAAACUUUAUCACUACAUUUGAAGAAAUAAACGUAUUUUAUUAAUUAAAAACAGACUUCUAAUCAUGCGUCUUGUAGAUUCGUCAAAACUUUUGGAACUUCAAAACAAACCUGGAAACAUUCGAAAUAUAUGUAUUGUGGCACACGUGGAUCAUGGGAAAACAACCCUGGCGGACUCAUUGAUAUCCAGCAAUGGUAUCAUAUCCCAGAGAAUGUGUGGUAAACUCCGUUACAUGGAUAGCAGACCAGACGAACAGGAACGAGGUAUCACUAUGAAAAGUAGCAGUAUCGCACUUUACCAUGCUGUAAAUAACAAUGAAUUUUUAGUGAAUCUCAUAGAUUCACCUGGUCACAUAGAUUUCUCUAGUGAAGUGUCAACUGCUGUUAGAUUGUGUGAUGGAGCGAUUGUAGUUGUGGAUGUUGUUGAAGGUGUCUGUCCUCAAACUAGAUUAGCUCUCAAGCAAGCUUAUGCUGAAAACAUCCGAGCAGUAUUAGUUCUAAAUAAAAUUGACCGACUAAUUUUAGAAAUGCAAUAUACACCUUUGGAUGCCUAUGUUCACUUGACACAAGUAAUGGAACAAGUCAAUGCGGUAAUGGCAGAAUUGUUCACUACUGAAGUGUUUGAAAAUGAAGAGACGAAUAUAGAAAAAGAGCAACAAAAGCCACCAAAACCAAAAGAGGACAACAACUUCUAUGAUUGGACCUCAGCUCUUGAAGAAGCUGAUGACUCUCAACUAUAUUUUUCUCCAGAACAGGGGAAUGUUGUAUUUGCUAGUGCUAUAGAUGGUUGGGGGUUUACUAUUCAUACUUUUGCUAAAUUAUUUGCGGAGAAACUUGGAGUCAAAGAAGAAAUUCUGAGGAAAGUACUGUGGGGUGAUUUUUACUUAAAUCAAAAAACUAAACGUUUUAUGAAAGGUGCACAAGAAAAAGCUAAAAAACCAUUAUUUGUCCAAGUUAUUCUUGACAACUUAUGGAAUAUUUAUGAGACAAUAGUAUUAAGAUAUGAAAAAGAAAAGGUGCCAAUUAUCUGUGAUAAGCUUGGUAUCAAAUUGACUACUCGCGAUUUAAGGCACACUGAUACCAGAAUUCAACUCCAGUCACUUAUGAUGCAAUGGCUUCCAUUAUCCCAGACUGUACUUAAUAUGGUCUGCUCACAACUUUCGUCGCCUAAAGAAAUUCUCCCAGAUAAAGUUGAAAAACUCAUGUGCUCUAGAAUCAGAGAUUUUGAUUCUCUCCAUCCCGAAACACAAAAACUUAAAGAUGACUUUUUAGCCUGUGAUAGUAGUGAUAAUAAGCCUCUUAUUAUUUUUAUAUCAAAAAUGUUUAGUAUAGACAAGAGCAUGCUGCCCGAGAACAAGCCUAAGAUGUUGACACCGGAGGAAAUGGCGCGUAGAAGAGAAAUAGCUAGAAAAAUACGUGAAGAGGGUAAAGAUAACAAAGUUGAACCUGUUAAAUCAGACUGUGAUAAAACUACUGUCAACGAUGUUGAUGAAAACAAAGAGGAUGAAGAUAGAGAUCAACUAGCAUUUAUUGCAUUUGCUAGAGUAUUCAGUGGUAAAGUUAAAAAAGGUGAUAAAGUAUAUGUUUUAGGUCCUAAACAUGACCCGUCCAAAAUUCUUAAUAUAAAAGAUUUUAAAAUAGAUCCCAAUAAGAAAUUAAAGGAUUUACAUAGUGAUGAGCAUGUUACAUACACAGAAAUCAAAUCACUGUAUAUUUUAAUGGGUAGAGAAUUAGAAGAAAUUAAUGAAGCAGUUGCAGGAAAUAUUAUAGGUAUCGGUGGCUUAGAAGAACAUGUUCUAAAAACAGCCACCCUUAGCAGCACAUUAGCUUGCCCUGCGUUCAGUGAAAUCCAAUAUGCAGCUGUGCCAAUUCUGAGAGUAGCUAUUGAACCUCAAAAUCCAUCUCAACUGCCACAGUUAGUUAAAGGUCUCAAGCUUUUAAACCAAUCAGAUUCAUGUGUUCAAGUUCUCCUACAAGAAACAGGUGAACACGUUUUGGUUACUGCAGGAGAAGUGCAUUUGGAAAGAUGUCUUGAAGACUUAAAAAACAAUUACGCCAAGAUACCUAUUACUGUAUCAGAACCUAUUGUUCCGUUUAGAGAAACUAUAGUUGAACCACCAAAAAUAGAUAUGGCAAAUGAAGAAAUAGAUGUUCAAAAUGUAGACAAAAAGAAUAUGAUACAAGAAGAUCCCGUCAUCACAGUAUAUACUAACAAUAGGCAGAGCAAAAUAAAGAUAAGAGCUAGAACUGUGCCUACCGAAAUAACGAAUCUACUUGAUAAAUCUCAAGAUUUAUUAAAAGCUAUAUCGCAACAUAUAAAAACUCUUCAAGGUUUAUCUAGAAAUGAUAAUUUAGAAAACAAAUCAGGAGAAUUCCUCAACGGUACUAAGCAUAAACUCUCCGAUAGAAUGCUAAAGUUAAUACAGAACUUCAUAGAGGAACUGCAAGGAAUAUGUUCGAAAUUAGGUCCGGAAUGGAAGGAUGUCGUCAAUCAAAUUUGGUCUGUUGGUCCCAAGAAUUGUGGCCCCAAUUUACUUUUGAAUCAUACGUCCAAUUAUAAUACUAAAUAUUUGUACCAUGAUAAAGAUAUCAAGGAAGAUCCGAGAUUUGAAUAUGAAAGUAGUUUUGUGAAUGGGUUCCAAUUGGCUACUCUGGCUGGACCAUUGUGUGAGGAACCCAUGAUGGGAGUUGCGUUUUGUGUUGAAGAGUGGACUUUAGAUAAGAGUGAAGAAGACGAAACACAUACUUUUGGACCACUUUCAGGUCAAAUAGUAUCUGCUGUCAAAGACGGUUGCAGAAAAGCUUUCCAAGUUCAACCACAGAGACUGAUGGCAGCCAUGUACUCGUGUGACAUUGUCGUAGACCAGAAAGUAUUAGGUAAGUUACUAAUUAUAAUACCACGAGGAUAUUACAGGUAACACAAAUCUAUGAUUCAAAACCUUGCUGCAUUGAGGGUAGUGUUGAAAAUCAAUUGUGCUAAUUUAGCGUGCUGCUUGUACUCAACGAGAUGUUUGAAUAUUUCCUUAAUGGUACAAAAUAUUUAUAUUCAUAUUAAAAGAAAAUAAUAAAUUUUUUUUAAAAAUAUUAAUGCUACAUGAAAUUUGUUUUUACCCGACUGCGCGACGCAAAGGAGGGUAAAGUGUUUAUCAGUCUAUGUAUGUAUGUAUGUUUGUUUCUAUG